GAUAUGGGCAUUUCGAAUGGCUGGUUAUGCCAUUUGGCCUUACGAAUGCCCUGACCACUUUCCAAGCGGCUAUGACAACGGAGUUCCGACACAUGCUGGAUCGAUACGUACUUAUCUACCUCGACAACAUCCUGAUGUACAGCUGGAGUUUGGAGGAGCAUGUGGAACACCUGCGCACUGUUUUGGAGCGGCUACGACAGGCCAAGUACAAACCCAACCGCGACAAGUGCAAAUUCGCGCGGCAGGAGCUGGAGUACUUGGGACAUUAUGUGACGCUGCAAGGCAUCUGUCCACUUGCAGACAAGAUCGAGGCCCUACGAGUAUGGCCCGAGCCCACCAACACCACGAACGUUCGUUCAUUCAUGGGAUUGGCGGGCUACUAUCAGCGAUUCAUCACCGGAUACUCGAGGAUUGCUGCACCUAUGACGAGAUUACAAUCGCCAAAGGUGCCAUUCGUAUUCGAUGACGACGCACGCCGGUCAUUCCAAGCACUUAAGACGGCUAUGCUCAUGGCACCCGUCCCUAGCAUCUAUGACCCCACCCUGCAGACGAGAGUGACUACGGACGCUUCCGACUAUGGCAUUGGGGCAGUCUUGGAACAACACGACGGCGACGACUGGCACCCUGUGGAGUAUUUCAGCCACAAAGUGCAUCCCAUCUACUCGCUUGAUGAUGCAAGGAAGAAAGAGUUGCUCGCAUUCGUGACGGCUCUCAAGCGCUGGAGGCACUUCCUCCUUGGGCGUCGUAGGUUCACAUGGGUCACAAACAACAAUCCAUUGACCUACUACAAGACGCAGGAUACGGUGAGCAGCACGAUCGGACGAUGGAUGUACUUCAUCGACCAAUUUGACUUCACACCGAAACAUUUUCCCAGCCUCUUCAAUCGCGCAGCAGAUGCACUCUUGCGAAGACCUGAUCUUUGCGCUAUGACACAUCAUGCCUUCGCAUUCGACGAGGAGCUCCAACGACACUUCAUCAGGGGCUAUGAGUCCGAGCCAGAUUUCACCACGCUAUAUGCGCAACUAUCUUCGGAUCACCCACCGGCCAGCCACUAUCGCAUCGCCGAUGGGUACUUGUUCCUGCACUCACGGGGCAAGGACUUACUAUGUGUCCCACGCGACCGCCGUCUUCGGACUCGCCUCCUCGGCGAGUAUCAUGAUUCGCGACUCGCCGGCCAUUUCGGAGUCAACCGCACUAUUGCACGGCUUUGACAACGAUUCCGAUGGCUCGACCUCGUCACUAACAUCACGAGGUAUUGCGACUCUUGCG